AUGCCCGCGGCGCCGCUUCGCGCGCUGGGCUACACAUCUGCUGGCGGCUCCUUCGCCAAAAUCGGCGCGGACAACAAGCCCAUGAGCUCUUUGAUGAAGAUUGGCUACGCGACGGGUACCGGCAACGUCUACUGCAACAAGAUCGUGCUCAUGGACGAGGCACACAACCUUGUCCGCAGCCAGACGCAGUAUGCAGAGCAGCUGCAGCGCCUUCGGCGUCUUCUUUACGAGGGCCGGAACCUGGUCCUGGCGGGCUUCACUGGCACGCCGAUCCUCUCUGAGCCCAGUGAGGGGCGGCAGCUACUGGACAUCAUCAAGGGUGUCCUUGCUCCAGACGGGGACGAGGGCUACCUCUCUUCCUUUCCCAUGCGGCCACAGCCGCUCUUCCCCGUGUCGCUGCCCCGGGGCCUCCCAGACGGUGUGCUGACGCUGGCGCGGAAGCGGCAGCUGAUUCGGAAGGUCGAGAUGCGCGGGGAGGCGCUGAAGGUCUACGACCUGAAACGUCGCCUCGGCCUGCCUGGUCGCCGCCUUCGCGCCUACUGCAAUGUCAGCAUUUUCCACGCGGCUUUCCACGACGGCAAGAUGGGAAGCAAGAAGAAGAUCUUGGCAAACCCUGACGACUGUUGCCCAAAGCUCCUGGCCAUCGCGGAGGCCGUGGCAGCUUCGCCACUCAAGGCAGUCAUCAUGAUCGCCAGAACCUCCGGCUACACUGUCAUGCUGGAGCUGAUGAAGCACCUGGCCGCCAAGUCAGAAGUUCCCUUCUCCGUCGCCACGAUCAACGAGCUGUCGGAGUUCAAUCACUGCUCGAACCUCCGGGGGGAAGUUUUCCGAGUUCUCGUGGCAGAUUCCAUGCAGUGCUCGGAGGGAGUGAGUUUCCUGAGCGUCCGCCGCACCUACCUGGCCGACGUGCCGGUGUCCCCGAGCGGCUUCAUCCAGCAGUGUGGACGCGCCAUCCGAAUGUAUGGCCACAGGGGUCUCCCGGCUGACGAGCAGACGGUGACCACACAGCUCUUCGUCACGAUGCUGCCCAAGUGGAUGCGGUCUUCUUCCCUCGCAUGCUGGGCACUGAGGGCCCAGAAGAAGCACACCAGUGGCAAGGAGGUUGAGAAGAGGGCGCGAGUGCUCACCGCACGCAUGAAUCGGGCCGGGAUUGCCAGUUUGGAGGAGCUCAAGAGGAAGCUGGAUGCCCAUGGCCUUGAGAAGCAGAAGUCCUUGGGCCGCACGGGCCGGGAGGGCCUCACGGCGGACGACGUGCUGACAUUCCUAGAGCAGAACGGGCUCUGGGAAGAGGCGCGACUCCUGCGCGCGGACAAGAAGGAGCGAGAGCUCAAAGAGAAGGUGCAGGAGGCCGGGGAGACUCUGAAGAGGCAGGAGACCGAAUCCCAGUUCCUACGUGGAGCUACGCUCGAGUCCGUUCCAGAUCCAGAGGGUGCGGUAGAGGAGGAUUUCGCCAAUGCUUUGGAGUCCAUGAUUGACGAGGAGCUGGCCGCCCAGCCAAGGGAAGAGGGCGAAGAAGACGAGCGAGCGCAGGAAAUGGAGGCCUUGAAGGAGGAGCAGGCGGCCCAAGAGGAGGAUUUGGAUGGCGACGAGGCGCAGAAGACCAGCACCGUCAAGGCCGACGCGACAACCGCGAAGCCCACGACCGUGGCCAUGUCCCUUGCUGAGGUCCAAGCCUGCCUGGUGGAGACCCUCUCGGCACUGCGCGCGGCCUGCCGAGACGCGGACCGCAAGCCCUCGGCCAACGACGUCCUGCGAAGGAACUCGUCCAAAGUCUUCGGCACGCAGCCCGAGGCGGACGGAUCGGCCCCCGCGGAGCCCACAGCUCCCGGGGGCGCCGCGGCGGAGACGCCGGCGGAACAGACCGACGGCACGGCCGGCACAGCAGCCGAGGGCCAACAGGACUGGGCGGCGCUUGACACCACGCUCUCCAUGCAGCAAGAGGACCCUCUCAGCUGA